UGAAUUUCAAUCUCAGACUUUAUUAAUAGCAAUAUUCCUUAUACUCCCACGCAAUCUAAUCUGACUUUCUCUAUUAAUACGAACUGGCAAGUAGCAAGUGGUGAUUAUUCCACAAAAUCGAAGCAAGAUUCCUUUUUUUCGGGCAAUUAAAUCUAAGCAAAGAUCAAACAAUAAUUGCAGAGUUGGGCGCUAAAUCCAGAAGCGAAAAAAGGAAAAGAAAGGGAUUUUGAGGUGGAGCGAAUAAGGACGAUGAGGAUUAGCAUUUAGCAGCAGUAAUUAUGAUCAAGGACUGCGCCAGCACUUGAUGGCGGCUAUUAUUGCAACGACGCAUGUGUCGCUGCUUCUAGAGAGAGAGAGAGAGAAGGCGCGCAGUGCAGGUGAAGAUUGAAGAAUGCGUUUGAAGAAGAGAAUGGAAGUGCGAGAGAGGGGAGAGAAAUGAGGAAAGUUGAAGGGGAGAGAGCCACGUGUCGAGAUGGGAGUGGAGGAGGGAAUGGGGCUCGGUUCCCACAGCAUUACAUGAUGCCAGUUUGUGUGUAACCCCCAAAGUCCUAUGACCCCGGCGAAUCCUUAUUUGUAUUCUAGUCUAUUGCUAAUGUUACUCUCACACAACACAAACUCUCUUUCUCUCUCUACAUCUCCCUUUCUCUCUCUAUCUAUUUUUAUUUCAAUUGUCUGCCCCUCUUUCUCUCUCUCUCCUUAUUCUCGUUUCUCUCGUAGUCAUAUACCCUAACCCCCCUUUUUUUGCUUCACUCCACCGCUCCCGCAAUUCCCAUCACUUCAUAUUCGUCAAGGGGUAGGAAAGAUUUGGUUUUUAUAAGUUUCUGGGAGUUUUUGAUCCACGCCCGAGGUUUGUUCAUAAAUGUAUUGGCAAUGAAGGAAAAUGGUUCAGAGAAUAGUACCAUGCUUAAUAGAAACUGGGUGUUGAAACGGAAGCGUAGGAAGCUUCCAUCCGGCACAGAUAAGUCUCGUGACAGAGGGAAAAUAUUCAGACCUGUAAAAUUUUCAUCCACUACUAGAUUAAAGAAUGACAAGGAAGAGGAUGAUAAUCUAGAGCAAACUUCUGGGAAGAAAAAAGGCAACGAUGGGUAUUAUUACGAGUGUGUGGUCUGCGAACUUGGUGGAAAGUUGCUAUGUUGUGAUAGCUGUCCCCGUACAUAUCAUCUUGAGUGUUUAGAUCCUGCUUUGAAGCGCAUUCCGACCGGUAAGUGGGAAUGCCCAACCUGCAUUCAGCAACAUUCUUGUGUGGAGAGCGUGAAUCAUCUGGAUCCUGUUUCAAAACGAGCACGAACAAAAAUCAUUAUUCGUAGGUCAAAGACUGAGGCUGAAUCAUCUGCAACUGACAAGGUAACCGAGACAUUUGAUGCUCCCAUUCUUCGGAAGAAAAGGAAUUCAGAUAAAGGAAAAUCUCCCGCAUCUCGCCGUAGCCGAACAAUUGAGAAGUUGGAUUCUUCCUCCAAUGACUUUUGCCAUAACGAUCAAUUAAAUCCAGUUCAAGAUGGCUCUGUGGAUGCUAGUUCAUCUCAUGAUGUUAAUGAAAAAGAGCAAGUUUCUCAUGCACUUGUACAAGCACAGAACAUGAAGGCUCCAGUUAAAGGAUCAUUGUCAAAGAAAAAGAAAUCAAAAAUGAAUGUAGGAUCCACUGAUUUAAAUCCUGAGGCAUCUCCUGAAAAGUUUUCACCCGUAAGGGAACCUGUUCUUGCAUUGGAAGCUGCUAGCCCAGCAACCAGAAAGAGAAAGCAAAAAUCGUAUUCCUACAAUAAUGAAAAGAGGCUUAAGACAAAUAAGGGCAAAUCUGGUUCUGAACCUUCUAAAAAAGGACUGCUCAAAGCCGGUGUUCGACGAUCAGGCACUUCAAAAUCUAAGGGAAAAUUUAAGAUAGCUGGUGAAGAUGCUUCCUCAACUAAGCAGGAUAUUAGUUCAGCUACGGCUGGUGUUCGUCCGAAGGAUGAGGACAUUACUGAAGAAGCAGCUCAUGAUUCACUUGAAUCACAAGAUGCUUUAAAAGUCAAUGUUGAACAAGAGACUGCUACUGGAGUACAUCAGGUUGAUCGUGUUAUUGGUUGUCGAGUUCGUGGUGAUUGCAUUGGUUCUGGUUGUAAUGUGGUGGUCAAUGCCAGUGAAUCUCCUUUAACAGAUUCUUUGGUUGCAGAAGAUGUGAAUAAAUCGGAAGAAAAUUUCAGCUGCCAAAGGCCUUUGGACGGAGGAAACUUAGCUGAGGAUCUUCAGGAUGCUGCUAAUUGUUCUGAUGGAGGGAGGAAGACAGAAAAUAGUCUGAAUAAAGAUAAGCUGCAAGUAUACAAAAGGUCAGCAACCAAAGAAUGUAAAGAAAAAGAUUUCAUGGAUUCCAUGAGCGGAGAAAUUGAAGGUUCUGAUUCCUUGGUAUCGAAAAACAAAAGUCAAGAUGACAAUAUAUCAUGCACCAAUGUAGCAGAAACUUCCAAGAAGGUUCCAGAAGUUGAGAAAACUGAUAUAGUCUUAGACACCUGUCCAAGUAAUGAUGAUAAGAACUGUCCAAAUCCUGGGAUUUCAAAGAAUUGUCAAACUGAUCCCUCUGAUGAUAAUGGUAGCAAAAAAGAGGUUGGAAAGCACAUGAGAAAGAACUAUGCUCCGAAAAGGAAACUUGUAGAGUCUUGUUCAACCGUCUCAUAUGAGUUUUUGGUCAAGUGGGUCGGCAAAUCUCAUGUCCACGACACUUGGAUUCCUGAGUCCGAACUGAAAGUUCUAGCUAAGCGGAAACUGGAGAAUUACAAGGCAAAGUAUGGAACAGCUAUGAUGAACCUAUGCAAGGAACAAUGGAAGACACCACAGAGAGUAAUUGCUACUAGGUCCUCGGCAGAUGGUGCAACUGAAGCAUAUGUAAAGUGGACAUGUCUUCCUUAUGAUGAAUGCACUUGGGAAAGAAUGGAUGAACCUGUUAUUGCAAAGUCAAGUCACUUGAUUGAUUUGUUCUUCAGGUUUGAAAGGAAAACAUUGGAGAAUGAUGCUACAAAGCUUGACUCUAUGCGAAGGAAGGGUGAUCUACAAAUAAAUGAGGUCACUAAUCUCACAGAACAGCCUAAAGAGUUGGUUGGAGGUUCUUUAUUUCCACAUCAGCUGGAAGCAUUGAAUUGGCUGCGCAAAAGUUGGCAUAAAUCAAGGAAUGUGAUACUUGCUGAUGAAAUGGGACUUGGGAAGACUGUGUCGGCCUGUGCUUUCUUAUCAUCAUUGUAUUUUGAGUUUAAAGCUACACUUCCUUGCCUGGUCUUGGUUCCUUUGUCUACAAUGCCCAACUGGAUGUCGGAAUUUGCGCUUUGGGCGCCUGAGCUCAAUGUUGUGGAAUAUCAUGGUAACACAAAGGCAAGAGCCAUAAUACGCCAAUAUGAAUGGCAUGCUCGUAAUCCUGCUGGAUCGAAUGAGAAAUCAUCUGCGUUCAAAUUCAAUGUUCUUUUGACUACUUAUGAAAUGGUUCUUUGUGAUUCCUCUUAUCUACGUGGAGUUCCUUGGGAAGUUCUUGUGGUUGAUGAGGGUCACCGGCUGAAAAAUUCUAGCAGUAAGCUGUUUGGCUUGCUGAAUACGUUUUCCUUCCAGCAUCGGGUACUGUUGACUGGUACUCCGCUUCAGAACAACAUCGGAGAGAUGUACAAUCUGCUGAACUUUUUGCAGCAGGAUGCAUUUCCCUCACUUGCUUUAUUUGAGGAGAAAUUCAAUGAUCUAACAACUGCAGAAAAGGUGGAGGAAUUGAAGAAACUUGUUGCUCCACAUAUGCUUCGGAGACUGAAAAAGGAUGCUAUGCAGAAUAUUCCCCCCAAGAUAGAACGAGUGGUUCCUGUUGAGUUGUCAUCUAUUCAGGCAGAAUAUUAUCGCGCUAUGCUUACAAAGAACUACCAGAUAUUACGUAACAUAGGGAAAGGCGCUCCUCAGCAAUCAAUGCUGAAUAUUGUGAUGCAGUUAAGGAAGGUAUGCAAUCAUCCUUAUCUCAUGCCAGGCACUGAACCUGAAUCCGGAUCCGUGGAAUUUCUUCAUGAAAUGAGAAUAAAAGCAUCUGCUAAGCUGACUCUGCUGCAUUCUAUGCUUAAAUUAUUGCACAAAGAAGGCCACAGAGUUCUUAUCUUUUCGCAGAUGACAAAAUUACUUGAUAUACUUGAGGACUAUUUGACUAUAGAAUUUGGACCUAGGACAUAUGAGAGGGUUGACGGCUCUGUUUCCGUGACUGAACGACAAGCUGCAAUAGCACGUUUUAACCAAGACAGAAGUCGAUUUGUGUUCCUGUUAUCAACACGAUCUUGUGGCCUUGGCAUCAACUUGGCAACUGCUGAUACUGUCGUUAUAUAUGAUUCAGACUUCAAUCCACAUGCAGAUAUCCAGGCUAUGAAUCGAGCACAUAGAAUAGGACAGUCGAAAAGACUUCUUGUUUACAGGCUUGUUGUGCGUGCAAGUGUUGAAGAGCGUAUCUUGCAGCUUGCAAAGAAAAAGCUGAUGCUUGACCAACUCUUCGUCAACAAAUCUGGAUCGCAGAAGGAGGUGGAAGACAUCCUAAAGUGGGGCACAGAAGAACUUUUUAGUGAUUCACCUUCCAUGGCUGGAAAAGAUGGUGAAAACAAUGGUAAUAAAGAUGAAGCACCUGCAGAGAUAGAACCAAGUAGUAAGAGGAGAACUGGUGGCCUAGGGGAUGUAUACAAAGACAAAUGUGCCGAUGGCAGUAACAAGAUUGUGUGGGAUGAAAAUGCCAUUCUGAAACUGCUGGACCGCUCAAACCUUCAGUCUGGUUCACCAGAUAAUGCUGAAUCGGGAUUAGAGAAUGACAUGCUCGGUUCAGUGAAGUCACUAGAAUGGAAUGAUGAGCUUAUAGAAGAACAAGCUGGAAUGUUAUCAGCCCCUCCGGCAGUCAAUGACACAAGUGACCAGAGUUUUGAAAAGAAAGUUGAUAAUUUGGUCAUCAUUAAUGAAGAAAAUGAAUGGGACAAGCUUCUGCGAGUUAGAUGGGAGAAAUAUCAAAAUGAGGAGGAAGCAGCUCUUGGUCGUGGGAAACGCCAAAGAAAAGCUGUUUCUUACAGGGAGGCAUAUGUAGCUCAUACUAGUGAAGCACCAAAUGAAAGUGGAGCUGAAGAGGAACCAGAGCGUGAACCAGAUCCUGAACGUGAGUACACGCCAGCAGGACGGGCUCUAAAAGAAAAAUUUGCCAAACUUCGUGCGAGACAAAAGGAAAGAUUAGCCAGAAGGGAUGUGACUGAAUAUUCAACUCCAGUUCAGAGACCAGAUGGUCUAGUCUUAAUUCCUAAUGUUCACGAGGACAAUCAAACUGCAACUCGGUGUGCUGAAGAAAAACCUACUGUUGAUGUGGAAGACAAUAAUCAUAAUCAAGCAGUAGGACGCAACAGCACGACUGACUCAGCCUUGAAGUUGGGAAGGAUGUCAAAGCAGAAAUUUAAUUUUCCUCUGGAUCUUCCCGCGAUGUCUGCUGGACGACAUCUUCCAGAACUUCCCCGGAAUUACGAUCAGAUGCAGGGCACUAGCUCUAUAGAUGCUAUGCGCAACAACUUGCUGCCAGUUAUAGGACUAUGUGCGCCUAAUGCUCCAAACAAAAUGGAGAUGCUGCACCGGAAAGUCCCAAGACCUUACCGACAAUUCAAGCAAGGGAUUGGACUAGAUUUUCCCUUACCCGCUUCCUGUUCUGCCUCUGGCCCGUCAAAUGAAAUCAGUGGCAAAGGUAACGAGGCAGCUCCGUACAUGUUGCCCGAUCUUUUACCUGGAACUUCUCAGGUGCAGAGCAAGAGUGAUGUGCCAAAAUAUCCACCCUUUACUCCACAUUCUUUGAAUAUCCUUAAAGGUAAAGGAACUAUGGAGAACUUGGGGAAUGCUGGCGGUACAUUUUCUGAUUUUCAAGAAAAGAUGCUACUGCCCAAACUGCCUUUUGAUGAGAAGUUGCUGCCUAGAUAUUCAUUUCCGGGUGCAAACUUGAUGAGUGCAGCUCCUGAUUUGUUUCCAAGCUUAUCAUUGGGAUCAAGAGUUGCAGAGCCGUCUGAAGCUGCCCAUAAUCUUCCCAUGCUCCCAUUGUUACCCAAUCUCAAAUUCCUACCAGAUCCGUCGAAGUAUAACCAACAAGAACAGGAGAUGCCUCCAGCAUUAGGCCCAAGUCAGAUGCCACCUCCAUUCUCGUCUUUUCCUGAAAACCAUAGGAAGGUUCUAGAAAACAUCAUUAUGAGAACUGGAGCUGGAUCGAACAGCCUGCUGAAAAAGAAAUCUAAGUCAGAUAUCUGGUCCGAGGAUGAGCUUGAUUAUCUUUGGAUAGGCGUUCGCAGGCAUGGAAGGGGCAAUUGGGAGGCUAUGAUACAGGAUCCAAGGUUGAGGUUUUCCAAGUACAAAACAGCUGAGGAUCUGGCAGCAAGGUGGGAAGAAGAACAACUGAAGAUCCUGGAUGGGCCAGGGCUUCCUGCCCCGAAGCCGCCUGUACCUCCCAAAUCUUCUAAUCCUCUGCUUUCUGGUAUUUCGGAUGCAAUGAUGGCACGGGCACUGCACGGAGCUUGCUCAGAUGGAAUGGUAGCACGGGCAUUGCACGGUACAAAAUUUAAUGGGUCAAUGAAGUUCCAUUCACACCUUACAGACAUGAGACUGGGCCUUGCUGGUCCGUCAUCCGCUGCACCGCAUUUAGAACCAUCUGAUGCACCUUUUGUGAAUUGGCCUACUGAUAAGUUCCCGGCUAUGUUUCCCCGUGAAUUUUUCGCAGGAAACAUUGAAAGACCAUUUGGUUCCUCUGGUGCACCUAUGGAGUCACCAUUUCUGCUAAACUCACUAGGCACUAGUUGCUUGGAUUCUCUUGCAUUGCAGCAAAGGCUGAAGCAAAGGGAUGCAGCUGGUUUGGGCAUAGUGCCUGGCCUUAAUAAUGCGGGAAGCACUGAGCUUGCGUGUUCUAAUCCCAUUCUUGAUCAUAACAACAUUCAAAACCUUUCCAAGUCUAAAGGAAAGGAAGAGGCUGCUGGAUAUAGAUCUCCGAAAGGGAAACUGCCUCAUUGGCUUCGAGAAGCAGUGAAUGCUCCUGGUAAAUCACCAGAGCCUGAGUUGCCUCCUACUUUAUCCGCUAUAGCACAAUCUGUUCGUGUGUUGUAUGGUGAUGGCUCAUCCCAGAUUCCUCCAUUUCUUAUCCCCGGACCACCUCCACCUAAACCUAUAGAUCCUUUGCACGGAUUGAAGAAGAAGAAAAAGAAGAAGAAGAAGAAGUCAAACGGCCCUAGAGAAGACGUUGGCUCAACCUCUACAGCUCAAGUGACCCUGCAGGCGAAAUCAGGGACUUCAGCUUCGGGUUGCCCCAUGAUUGAGGUUGGUCCGGGCAUGCCUGGUCUCAACUUGGAAACGAGUCAGCCAUCUUCAUCUGCACCAAUUCCUCCCAAGACUUGUUUUGCAGGACUGUCACCUUCUCCUGAAGUUGUUGAAUUGGUUGCUACCUGUCCGGCUCCUGGCCCGCCUCCCAGCACACACACAGACAGCAUGGAACCAGAGGUCGAUGCUGUUAGUGAAGACGAAUCAGAUCCUCCAGUUGCAGAUGUGGAAGAGAAAGCAAAAGAGGGUUCACCUGGUUUGGAAGAGCCUGCAGGAAGUGGAGAUUUGAACAAAACACGUUCAGAUGAUUCACAAUCACAGCCUGACGACGACAGGGAGGAGGAGGAUGUAUCUUCAGAAGGGACAAUAUCAGAUCAUCCUGAUAGCUGUGAUGAAGCCUAGAUGGCCCCUUGUCUAGAUACUAACAUUGUAUAAUGGGCUCAUUUUUGCAGUGCAGAUUCUGAUUUACUGUAUUUAUAGAGAAAUUUGGUGGUAUUUCAUGUAGAGUUUUCUUGUUAGAUAGAAAGAAAUGUAGAUCGGUGGCGUUAUAGUAUUAUUAUAUCCAAAAAUCGAGAUUGCUUAGAUUCUGGUCAUCAUUAAUCUAGCUAGUGCACUUAUAUUUCUUCAUAAUUUGUUCCCGCCACCUCUGAUUUGAUACUAAUGUAGAUUACAGAAUACGUGGGGAAAAAAUGGUUAAAUUGUUAUUGUUUCA